AUGGAUCUUCGCGUAGCCGCAGCCGUCUCCCUCUUGCUUGCACUGGCCACGACCACCGGCGCCGUCACGUUCAACGCGACAAACACGGCGACGGGCACCAUCGGCGGCCUGCGGUUCGACGUGGCCGUGGGCCUGGACUACGCCAACCUGGUGCUCUCCAAUGCCUCCGCCUUCAUCUGGAGCAGUGCCUUCAACCAGACCAGACCCGCCGACCGCAAGCCCGUCGACGCGGUCACCCUCGUCGUUGCCGCCGACGUCAGCGGCGCGGCAGCCUUCACCGCCGCCGACGUCAUCACCCUCAGCGCCCCGUACGUCGGCAACUACUCCGGCGACGUGAGAACAGAGGUGACCGGCGUGCUGUUCCACGAGACAACGCACGUGUGGCAGUGGGACGGGCAGGGGCACGCGAACGGCGGCCUCGUCGAGGGCGUCGCCGACUUCGUGCGGCUGAAGGCGGGCUACGCGCCGGCGCACUGGGUGAAGCCGGGGCAGGGAGACCGGUGGGAUCAGGGGUACGAUGUCACGGCAAGGUUCCUGGACUACUGCGACUCGCUCAAGCCGGGCUUCGUCGCGCUGCUCAAUGCCAAGAUGGAGGACGGAUACACCGAUGAUUUCUUCGCUGGGAUCCUGGGGAAGGGUGUGCAGCAGCUGUGGCAGGACUACAAGGCCAACUACGACGCGUGA